AUGGCAUCUCCAAGUCAGAAACCCACCCGAAGACCUCAUGCGAAAACUCGGACCGGUUGCCGAGUCUGCAAAUCCAGAAAAGUAAAGUGUGAUGAGACGCGGCCUUCUUGUCGAAAUUGUUUAAGACGCGGGAUUGAAUGCGAUUUUGCUGCUUCCGCUGGAGUAGACCCCGGAAAUGGGGUUAAAGGCAGCAGUAGCGGUCACACUCCUAAUGUGAACCAGAUCCCAUCCCCGGCAGCCACAUCGGUCAACCACUCACCUCCGGUCGACUGGUUUAGCGUCCUUGACCUUGAGCUCCUACAUCAUUAUACCACAUCGACAUGCUUCACCUUCUCGACCGAACCGAUGGUCCGUAAUUUUUGGCGUGUCAAUGUUCCACGAAUGGGGUUCUCUUAUCAAUACGUCCUGAAAGGUGUUCUUUCACUCUCUGCCUUGCAUCUUGCCAGAUUCAAGCCCCAGCGAAAAGAUAUGCUUAUCGAACGGGCAAUGAUACACCAAAAUGCGUCAUCAUCUCUAGCAUUGCCUGUACUUGAUGACCUCCAUGGCGAUAAUUCAGUUCCAAUCCUCUUCUUCAGCAUGCUCACAACCUUCAUUGCUUUUGCUAGCCCUAAGGAGUCGAGUGACCUACUCGUAACUUCUAACGGAGCUAUGCCCCAGUGGCUGCAUCUUUUCAGGGGUAUGCGCAGUGUGGUGGAAUUCAACGGCGAAGCUAUGACCUCAUUCUUGUCUCUAGGCUUUAUAUUCGACUCUGGAAGGCAGAUGAACCAGAUCUGGAGGUCCAUGGUACCGCCUGAACAUGAAGGUCUCAAGGAGCUAGAGGCAUCAAUCCGGUUUUACGUCAAAGAUGCACAAAAGCUGGAAGACCUAACCCAUGCGAUAGAUGAGUUGAAACGAGCCUUUGCCUUCUGUAACAGCGCCAACAUCAUGGAUGAACAACGAGUUAGGGGGGUGUUUAUGUGGCUCUUUGGUAUUCGCGACGGAUUCACGCAACUGACCAAGGAACACGAUAACGAGGCCUUGAGCGUCUUGGCGUUCUUUUGCGUCCUUCUUAAACGUCUAGAUUAUAUAUGGUGGAUUGAAGGUUGGGGGGUUCACUUAGUUAGGAGGAUAUACAACGUACUGGAUGAAGGAUAUCAAUUAUGGAUUCAAUGGCCCAUAGAAGAAAUCGGAUGGGUCCCGUAGACAGG